AGCUCACCAUGUUGGUGCAAGAUAUAAAAACAGGCACUGGAUUCAUUAACACAUUGACAACUCAACGAAUUAUGAUCUACUAUGCUGCAUCAUCACCUCAACCAAAAGAACAGUGAACAAGAUGACCUCCAUUCCUUGGAAUUUCUCCUGGUUCAUAGAUGGAAAACUGGCAGGGAUGGCCUAUCCAAGAGACAAGCAUAUUCCCUUCUUAGUGGCCUCUGGAUUACAGACAAUAAUCAACCUCACCCCCUUCCCUGCGGAUUAUGAGGAUAUGGCUAAUGCUCAUGGCAUCACAGUCCACAAUAUCAUUAUCGAAGAUUUUUGUGCUCCGAGCUACGAUCAAAUUAAGGAAUUUCUGGACAUAUGCAAAGCUGCAGAAACACCUGUUGCAGUCCACUGUGGUAAGGGCAUGGGACGCACAGGGACGAUGCUCGCCUGUUAUCUGGUAGCCGAGGAGGGCUACAAAACGCUGGAUGCCAUCAAAGAGACAAGACGACGAAGAGUGUACUCCAUUGAAACUGAGAGUCAAGAAAGAGCCAUUUUUAAGUUUGAGCACAAGUACAACAGUAAAGGAAUAGACAAUGUUCAUUAUUGUAAAGCUUAAUAUGAAGCUGAAAUUAUCAAUUGACAUUUCUAGACAUUUCUAGUCAUCGUCUCUUUUUCUUCUUGAUUUUGUUUUAGGGACAAUCAUAGUCUUCCAUGUUUCACAAGAAGCUCUGUCUGACUUGGUAA